GUGAAGAAGCAGAUGCUUCUCUCUGGUUGUCUGUUUGAUUCUAAUGUCCUCCCACCUUUCUCUAUUUUACAAUUGAAGACAUCUGAAAACAUUUUUUCUCUAUUUGCCAAUGAAACAAUUUCUUUGUCUUCUCUUCAGCCUUUAUUCACAGAGGACGCAUGGGAAAUACUUGAGGCUAGAAUUGCCGAAAAGAAGGGGAAAGAUUUAUGUUAUUGCAAUUUCUGUUUCAUUAUGGAUGAUAGCCAGUAUAAGAUGAUAGAGUGCGAGGGUUGCCUUGAAUGGUUUCAUUACCAUUGUUUUGGCCUGAGGACAACCACAAAGCCAAAGAAAUGGUAUUGUGAAGGUUGCUGGCUGUAA